UGCAGGCAAACGCAAGAUUUCAAUGAAGAUGAUUACUUGAAAUUGUUUAAUAAUAAUUAUUCAGCCAUCAUGACAAACAAGGAAAGCAAAUAUCCCAGUAAUAAAAAUAGAAUUGAUACUAUUAGACAUUACGGAGUUGAAGGACACGGCAGGACAAAUUCAAAUAGAAGACUUGAAUAUAAUUACAAACACACAAAUAUGAUUGCAAGCGAACAAUCAAGAGCUCAGUUAAUCAGUCAAAUUAUUGGUUCACCCGAGAGAAAUUUAACAAAUGAGUUUGCUUCAUAUUUCCAUCAACCGGUAUCAAAAUCAGAGCCUACUUACUUGUUAACAUCCCAUAAAGUUGAACCUCGGUUGAGGAAUUCAGGAAAGGGGAUAGUUCCACCUAUUCCAGCCUACCCAUCGAUGGUACAUUCCCUUCGAUGGAGUCCUUACAUAGAAGUAAGUUCAGCUGAAGACACCCAAGCAGAAGCUGUAGAUGAAAGACGAAAAUUUAUUUGCAGAUGCGAAAAUUGCACAAUGAAAUCUUGCCCUUCUAAAUUAUCAUCCGUGAAAUCUGGUAUAUUUAAAGACAAUAUUAUGACUUUUCGUAAUCAAUACACGAUGACACCAAAACUGAAUGAUGCAUGCUGUGGUGUUUGUACUCCUAUUUCGACUCCUAAAAUGUCAAAUGUGUCAGUAACAGCAUCCGAUAUAGCUGUCAGGGAUACACAAACACUAACGCAAAUUCAGGAAGAUCAUGCAUUUCAGAAACCUAAUAUGCAAAGGUCAAAAUACAUAGAUCCUGCUUGCAAAGACUAUGGACCUUGUCAUACCUAUUUGGAUGAAGCUGUAAGAGAUACAGACAUAGGAAAUGAUUACCACGAAUAUGAUCAGCCGGAUCUGCAAAAAAUGACUUUUACAACAAAGAAGAAACUAAGCACUAAUCAACCACAUGAGCAAUAUGAUAAUUCUAGAAAAGUCUUAUACAAUGAAGGCAUUAGUGACUCUAUUGCCAAUAAUUAUGCAAAGGUACCAAUUCGUGCUCCUUCUCCAGCAAACUUGACGGAUGGUUACAGUAGAGUCUCCGUUGUGAGUAAACAUUGUGAUAAAUCUGAAGAUAAGAUCCCAUUUUGUCAUAGACAUGAGUCUAAGUAUCAUUAUAGCUGCAAAGGUACUAGUAGUAAUAAUUUUUAUUAUGAUAGUGAUAUGGAAGAGGUUAGACAUUUGAUUGCAAGUCCAACAAUAAUCAGAAGGACGUGUACUGGCCAAAGACAGAGAUUAAGGACACCUUUAAUAAUGUUACCAAAGAAACUUUUAACUUCGGAGCCUGAUAUUGAAUCGUAUAUUGAUAAGAGUUCUCAAGAAACUGUAUUGCCAGCGCUAAAUAAAUAUAAAAAAUAGCAAUUUCACAAUACAUACACUCAUUUGUAGAUGCCGUUCUAUGUUUAUUAU